GACCUGCAGUCUUGUGAUCAGUAGCUUGGAUUACUGUCAGAUAUUAUAUCAGAUAUUAUACUUCCACUUCAUUAUAGUUCUUUGAGCAUUAGAUUUUUUGUUGUUGCAGAAGAAGGUCUGAAUUCCAAAUGAACUUGGACAGAUACUGCAUGCUGGGCCACAGAGUCAGACCUUUGCCACUGUUUUACUUAGAGAUGCUCCCAAUGUUUUUACCUUUAUCAGCUGGACCUGAACUAUGAUGAUAGAUGAGAGUGUAGUAGCUGUUAAACCAUAGACAGUCAUAGACUGGUAUAUUUUCUACCUCCUGUGGGGAUACUUGCUGUGUCAUCAGAUUUUACAGUACAAAGGAUAUUUGACAUCCUCUGUUUCCUUUUACUGGGCUCUUUGCGUUACUGGACAGCCCUGGGACACUGGCUUUGAUAGAUCCUUCCUGCAUCUUUCUUGUGAGCUGGCUAAAAGUUGCACAAUGGAUAUUAUCACCCCUGGAAGCAGUGACAGCCCAGUUACCAGCACAGCAGGUCUCAAUUUCUAACGUUUUGGGGGGUCAUUUUAGGAUAUCUCAAUUUGCUUUUCCUUGGCUUAUUCAGAUUUAUUUACCAGGAGUUUUUGUUUGCAAAAGCCGGUUAGGAGCCAAUCCUAGUCCUAGGCUCUAUGCUCUUUUUGAGACAGACCUGCGUUGUCUGGGCCCUGUGGCCAGACCUUGAACAGACCCCCCUACAAAACAAAUGGAGAACAGCGGCUGCAUCCCUCUCUGCUGGAGCAAGGGGGCCUGCAUCUACGCACAGCACCCCCUACCAAAAUAUGACGCCCAGUUAGCCCCAGCAGGAGCACCUGAGUCGGCCAUGGCGUCGUCGUCCUACUUGGAGUCCAACCACAAUCACUCCUCAUCGGGUGGUUGUGGGGUUAAAUCCCGGUCUGGCAUCCCCGGUGGUACCAGUGUUGGUACCAGCAGCUCUGCAGGAGGCCUUGAGCGCCCCCUGGGCUCCAUGGACCGGAUUCUGAAGAUCUUCCAUUACUUUGAGACAAACAGUGAACCAUGUACCUGGGCUAGUAAUAUCAGGCAUGGAGAUGCCACAGAUGUCAGGGGUGUUAUACAGAAGAUAGCAGAAAUCCACAAGUUGCGCUGUGUGUCCUCUCUGGGCCUCCGUCUGACCCAUCUGCACUCUGAUGCACUCCAUUGGUUACACCCUGAUUUGGGCGUGUCCCACGUCAGGGAGAGAUAUGAGAAACAGCACCCCCAGGAGGAGUGGAGGUAUGAGUUGCGGAUUCGGUACCUUCCUAAAGGUUACUUGAGCCAUUUCUCUGAAGACAAACCCUCUCUCAACUACCUCUAUCACCAGGUCAAGAGUGACUACAUGCAACAUAUAGCUGAUCAGGUGGAUCAAGAUGUUGCUUUGAAACUGGGCUGUUUGGAAAUUAGGAGGUUCUUCAGAGAGAUGCCAGGAAACGCCCUGGAUAAGAAAUCCAAUUACGAACUACUGGAGAAAGACGUUGGCUUGAGAAGGUUCUUCCCCAAAAGCCUGCUCGACUCGCUCAAGGCGAAGACUCUUCGUAAGCAGAUCCAGCAGACCUUUAAGCAGUUUGCUAACCUCAAUGACGAGCAGAGCAUCCACAAGUUCUUUGAAAUACUCUCUCCCAUCUACCGCUUCGACAAAGAGUGCUUCAAGUGCGCUUUGGGGUCUAGUUGGGUAAUAGCAGUAGAGUUAGCUAUCGGACCAGAGGAAGGAAUCAGCUACCUCACGGAUAAGGGUUUAACGCCAACGCACUUAGCUAACUUUAACCAGGUUCAGUCUAUACAGUACUCCGCUUUGGAAGAGAAGGACAGGAAAGGCAUGCUGCAGCUCAAUGUGGCAGGAGCUCCGGAGCCCCUCACAGUCACCACAGCAUUGCUGACUACGGCAGAAAACAUGGCUGACUUGAUUGACGGUUACUGUCGGCUCGUCUCCUCGGCUACUCACUCCUUUAUUGUCAGAGUCCAAAAAGAGGGGGACAGAGCUCUGCCUUCCAUCCCCAAAGUUUCAAAUCAUGAGAGGCGGAUGGAAAAACGGAUGGACGGAGUACGGGCCAGAGCUGUUUGUGUCUCAGGUCAAACUAGUGGCGAUGAAACGGACGACUAUGCUGAGAUUAUAGACGAGGAGGACACCUAUACCAUGCCUUCAAAAUACUAUGGACUAGAUCAAGCACGGGACUAUGAGAUUCAGCGGGAUUGCAUUGAGUUGGGACGCUGCAUAGGUGAGGGUCAGUUUGGAGACGUCCACCAAGGAGUCUACAUCAGCUCGGAAAACCCAGCCCUGUCUGUGGCAGUGAAGACUUGUAAGAACUCAACGUCAGACAGCGUUAGGGAAAAGUUUCUCCAAGAAGCAUUGACCAUGCGUCAGUUUGAUCACCCACACAUUGUGAAGUUGAUGGGAGUCAUCACUGAGAAUCCGGUCUGGAUCAUCAUGGAGCUCUGCACACUCGGAGAGUUACGGUCAUUUCUCCAGGUGAGGAAGUACAGUCUGGACUUGGCCAGUCUCAUCUUGUACUCAUACCAGCUCAGCACAGCACUGGCAUAUCUGGAGAGCAAGCGGUUUGUACACAGGGACAUUGCAGCGCGGAACGUGUUGGUGUCCACAGUCGACUGUGUAAAGCUGGGGGACUUUGGUUUGUCACGAUACAUGGAAGAUAGCUCUUAUUACAAAGCAUCUAAGGGUAAACUGCCUAUUAAAUGGAUGGCUCCAGAAUCCAUCAACUUCAGACGAUUUACCACAGCUAGUGACGUCUGGAUGUUUGGCGUCUGUAUGUGGGAGAUACUAAUGUUCGGCAUCAAGCCUUUCCAGGGUGUGAAGAACAAUGAUGUCAUCGGCAGGAUAGAGAACGGCGAGCGGCUGGCUAUGCCCCCUCAGUGCCCUCCUACACUCUACAGCUUGAUGACAAAGUGUUGGUCGUAUGAUCCCAGCAAGAGGCCACGCUUCACUGAACUCAAAACACAACUGAGCACUAUAUUAGAGGAGGAGAAGCUCCAGCAGAAGGAGAGGAGCAGGAUGGAGAUGAGGAGACAGGUCACAGUUUCUUGGGACUCCGGAGGGUCUGACGACGCACCACCAAAGCCCAGCUGUCGUCCCUCCCUGCAGCCCACCUUCAGUCUGGAUUAUCUGUCUGCUCCUUCUCCCCACCACUAUUGUCAUCCAAACCAGCGCUUUGCCUCACAGCUUUCCCUCUGCCUUGGAAACCCUCAUCCUUCAUCUCCUUGCACCUCUUCUCACCACCCACUCCUCCCACUUCCCACUCCUCCAUUCUACUCGUCAUUUCCCCAUCACUUUUCCUCCUCUCCUGACCCUCCGUCCCAGUCACCUCUUCAAAACACCACUUACCACAGUCACUCAGUCUCUGAGCACAACACCAAAUUGAAUCCUGAAUCAAGAGCUCAUUCCAGCUUGUUGCUACAAUCUCAUGCUUACUUCUGUUCUUUGCCUGACACCACUUCAGAUAGUCUGUCCAAUGGCAGCUGCUCCCAAAAGACAAAUCCCCUUAAUCCCCUGCUCUGUUCAUCCCAGCCAAAGUCAUACAACUCACACUCCCAUCCCAGGCACUUCUCCCCUCUUCUUUCCCCAUCCAGUCCUAAACUUAACUCUCUGCCCCGCUGUGUAUCAAAUGAUUGUCCCCACACCCUCCAAAACAUCCAGCCCAAGCCAAAUUCUUAUCUUGAUACCCUGCUGUUGCCCAGCUUUCACCCUGGCCGCCACACUAAUCCCAGUACCCCACUACAACCGGACUCUGACCCCCAGCAACAACUCCCUCCUGGGCAGUCAUGUGGGGGGCCCCCGCUGGUCUCUCCUGCCCCCCUCAGUCUUCCGCACUCAGAAAGAAACUUCCCAGUACCGUGUACUUGCACUCUGUUUUCCAUUAACCCCCAUCCAUCCAGUCGAACACCAGGUCUCCCUGUAACUACACUCACGCCCUUUCCCAUCCCCUGUUCUGAAAGAGCCCUGUCCAGACCCUUGAAGCCAAGUAGACCAGGCUAUCCCAGUCCUCGCUCGAGUGAAGGUUUUUACCCCAAUACCCAACAUCCUGGACACUACCAGAUGGCAGGGUACCCCGGCCCUCACACCCUCCCCUCGGUGCCCAGCGCCCUGUACCCCCCACAGGCCGCCAUGCUGGACACACAUCAUGCGCAUACACACCCCCGCCACCACGUCCACACACACUCUCACGCACAGCUUCUUCCUCAGCCACAUGGACACGACAUGGCACUAUGGGGCUCUGCGAUGGAGGACAGGGCAGUAGACAUGCAGCAGUGUAUAGGCCAGCAAUGCCUGUUAAUGGAGGAACAGCUGAUGAUACAACAACAGCAGAUGGAGGAGGACCAGAGGUGGCUGGAGGAGGAGGAAAGGCUGCUGAAACCAGACUCUAGAAGCUCUAGAGGGAGUCUGGACAGAGAAGAAGGUGGACUCCAACCACCGACAGGAAACCAGCACAUUUACCAACCCGUUGGCAAAACAGAGCACGCAGCACCCCCAAAGAAACCCCCUCGGCCCGGGGCCCAGAGCCAAGUGGGCAGUCUGGCAUGUCUAAAUACUGGAGACAGUUACAACGAUGGAGUCAAGCCCUGGCGGCUACAGCCCCAAGAGAUAAGCCCGCCGCCCACCGCCAAUCUGGACCGCUCCAAUGAUAAGGUGUACGAGAACGUGACAGGAUUGGUCAAAGCUGUGAUCGAGAUGUCUAGCAAGAUUCAGCCAGCUCCUCCAGAGGAAUACGUUCCCAUGGUCAAGGAUGUGGGUCUGGCACUGAGGACGUUAUUGGCCACAGUGGAUGAGACUCUACCACAGCUUCCAGCCAGUACACACAGAGAGAUAGAGAUGGCACAAAAACUUUUAAACUCUGACUUGGCAGAGCUGAUUGGGAAGAUGAAGUUAGCCCAACAAUAUGUGAUGACCAGUCUCCAGCAGGAUUAUAAGAAGCAGAUGUUGACAGCGGCUCACGCUCUUGCAGUUGACGCCAAGAACUUGCUGGAUGUCAUCGACCAGUCACGGCUCAAGAUGAUGGCCCACUCCCGCCCACACUAGCCCCGUGUCAGCCGAGCAGCGGGGAUCUAAAGACUACUGGAUUAAUGACGUCAAUCACGAUAUGGGAGAGCUCCUGGAGCUGACUGCUUUACAUCAACAAUGGCUCUGAUAAUUUGACAGUCCGUGAAGAAUCAAUAGAUGUUGGACCCUGUGUAAGCUGAGGUCGUCAGAUCAUCAGAUCAUCUGGGAUUAAACUCUCCACCACUGUGACUUUCUUAACACAAGAACAGAGCAGAAACACUUCCUGAAUCAGGGACUUGGCAGCUUCAAGUAAUGAUGAGAGGAGGAAAAGUGAGGAGGAAGAGGGGUGACUGUGUGCGCCUGGGGGUCUGGACCUGAGAUGAGCCUGAUUCCUGGGGUCCCAGGUUUAAAAACCUGACAAACACUGUCAUGGGCGCAAUUUGGUCUGGAACCGCUAAUAUCUGGUGGAUUAUUCUUAGUGGAAUAAAACUCUCAAGCAAAGCCUUUAGAACCUGAUGGGACUGCAUUUGAUCUGCGAUAUAUCUGCAUGAAUUGCCCCCUGUGGGAAUGGACUUGUCAGUGCAUUUGUUGAUUUCAUGUGUUUUGACCCCUGGAUGUGAACUUUCUCCUCAGCUGAAAUACCUCCACGUAACCAUGGCUUUGUUUGAAUGGGCAGAUCAAACCAGAUGUUUCCAGUUGCAAUGCUUUCAGUGGAUGCUUCGACAAAGAUAUUCACAGUCUCAGUUUGGUUUGGAGAAACAGCCUCCUACCUUCAAUUGCUCCUCCCGUUUCUCUCUUCCAUCCAUUUCCGGCUUCCCUCCGUCUCACCAGGUUUUAUUUAUAGACACAGAAAUUGCAGAGGAGGAGACGGAGGGAGAGACGGGAAAAAGAUAUUAGAACUUGAGUACAGUCUAGCGUCUGUCUACUGUCUAAACAAAGAACACACUAUCCUACUCUUUCAUCUGUGUUUCACUCACUUUUCUUUGCUUUUGUCCUAACUGUUCCUCUCCUUCCUGAUGUCUUCCUCAGCUCGUCUCUGUGCAGGUUUUAAAGACUCCAAAUGUGAAGAAUCCAAAUCUGUUUGGGUAAACGGCGCAGACAGGAAACUCCCUCCUCGCACUCAGUUUAGUUUACUCUUUUUUUAUCGGCUGGCUCCAUGUUUUUUUGUGUUGUUUUCACAGUCUUCUUCCUCUAAACUGAUAUUCUAUCCCAGCAUUGACUCUGAUGAGCAAAAAUGGAAAAAGGAAAAAAAACAAAGUGAAUUUUGAGGAUCCAGUCUGAGUGACUGGAUACUUCCUAUAUGUCAAGGAGGACAAGGAGGACGUCAUGUCUCAGACUGGUCACUGAGCUUGAUUUAUAACCUAUUUCUGUGGGGACAGCGUCUCCAUGUUUUUUCCUCAUUUACAGUCCCAAUAUUAUUCAGUUGUUCCUCAUAUGAGACUGGUGUCACACCUGUAAUUGUCCCCUCACCCACCAGUGUUUUUACUGGACAUACAAACGAACCUCAAAACUGGAAUCUUUGUGCUUUGAGUCCCAGUUCCUGUCAGGUGUAACUCUUUAAUUAGGUCCCUACUAACAACGGGGAAACAAACACACAUGAAAUGUGGAGCCACAUGACUGGUACUUGUCUUGCAGACACAAAACACUGAACUGAAAAUACAGCAGAUCACGCGUGUCUUUGUUAAUACUGACCCCACAUGGAGUAUGACAUACUGCUAUAUGAAAUACUGUAUACUGGUGACUGUACUGGUAUAGCAUGAUAUACUGGUAUGGAGAAGAGCAUAUUUGCACAGCACCAAAAAAAUUAACUUUUUUAACCCUAUUUCACCCAGAUGGGAUUUCCAUGUUUAGCCAGCAACAACAAUUUCACACUUCUGGGUUUUAUAGGGAUAAAAAUGUAAAAAAAAAAAAAAACAAACACAAAAAACCCCACAGUCUAUUUUAUCUCCUUGUUGUUGCGUAAAUCUGCUCAUGUUGGUAUAUUGUAAGCUAUACUGGUGUGUAUCACUGGUGAAUUGUACAGAACUCGUAAUAGUAAACACUGGUUUUUAUUUUGUCUUCUGGGCUUAAUCAGCCCAAAAUCUUGUCAAAUAGGAGAGGAAAAAAACAAUGAAAUAAAAUCAUGACGAAAUGGAAAUCAGGCCGUCCACAUUCUUAUCCACGAUGAAGAUACAUCAAUUUAAAUCUCUGGUAUCUGGAGUUACAGAGUUUUUUUUUUUGUUUGUUUAAUGUUUGUGUGGGGGCUGCCUGCUGGGGUCCAUAUACAUUUUAAUUUGGUUUUAAAAACAUACAGAACACAAAAUGACACUUCAUUAAAAUCCUGCCAGGUGUUACUCCUCCUGCCAAGUACUUUCAUCUGUGAGCUAAAUUAUUAUUGUUUUCAAAAGAGUUGCACAGAUUUGAAAAACAUAACAAUGUCAGAAUUUUGUUUUCCUGGUUUAAAGUACUACUGUUGUGUCUGGUAUAUAAAUGAUUUGAGGUUAAUUAUUUUAAGUGUUUUUAGUUGUCCAAUGAUUGUGUUAGCAGGUGUAGGAUUUAAGAGGGAGACGACUGGAACCAGCCUUCCCACAAAAUUCAGCGCAUUGACAAAUGUAAAGGUGUAUAUAGGCACGGCAUACUGCUAUAUAUAUUAAAAUACAUUUAGACCAUCUAAAGUGGGUUCUAGUUUAAUUAGAAUUUGAAUAAUCAAGCACAGUACAGUAUGAAUUUUAGAGCUAAGGAUGGGACUCCUGAAUUUUAAAGGAUAUGUAAGUGCUAGAAUAGUGCUGAAAAAUCUGUAUUCAAUGAGAGUGAAACCCUUAUUUUAACAGAAACUCUAGCAUGCAGGCAGAUAGUUAUAACAAAGGUUAUAAUCUAUUAAACAAAACUAAAUCCAAACAGAGUCCAAACCCCCGGACUUCGUGCUGUGUUGCAGCUAAACUGUCUAUCUGUCCUGUGUUUUUAAUUUUAAAUCUGUCAUUUAAUGUAAACUGCUUUGGACCGUGGGAAGAAACCCGUAACCCCAGAGUAAACCCACAUAGACACAGGGAGAAAAUGUAAACUCUACACAAAAAAAUCAAGUUUGAAACAAGAGCCUUCUAUGCAGUAACAGCGGUAACCACUGUCUUUAUUCAGAAACAUCUGUGCAGCAGCUUAACUGCUGGAAACUCUUGAGCCACUUCUUCCAGCAUUUGACUUCAACGAAGUGUGUGUUUCUAGAGGCAGGUGAAGCUGCCAGAUUUGUGGCAGGUGGUCUGUCAUCUGUCCCAGCAGUGUUGGAGUCAUGUAAGGCAGCUGUGGUUAGGGGUUGAUUAUCGGUGCCAGAAGUGGUUUCUUCAUCAGCUGAAAACUAGUAAUGGACGAUCCAUUCCAUUCGCGAAGUCGUCACUUCGCUGGAUGUUACAGUGGGUUUGAAGUCAUCUGAUGGCUGCUCCAGUCUUUCAUGGCCAAACAGGCGGAUGUCACAAUAGGGUUGUUAGUGCCACUGCGAAAGUGCUUCAUUGUGACAAAACGGUGCCCUAAAGUAUCUCUGGGGUGAUUCUUUCUUCAGGAUCCACUUGCAGCAUCUGUUUGAUGAGGCUUAAAAAGGCUUGUGUGUUAUGAUCAACACAAUUCUCCACUUCUGGGUGGGUCUUCGCCAUGUCAUUGAGACUGGUAAAGAGGUUGAAAAUACCCGUAGAGCAAUGGGUGUUGCGGCUGUUGUGUCGUGUUCAUCUCAUGUCUUCAGACUAUACGACGACUUUCAAAGGUGAAAUAUUUUUUUCAUUUUUCCACGCUUCAGAAGGUGAUCAUCAGGCUGAACCUGCAUCUGCACGAUGGCUCUCAUGACCUCAAAUUCAGAUUCUGUUGGAUACAGGUGCUGUCCCAGGUGCAUGAAAGUGAAACCAAGCCCCCCCACAUAUCGUUCAUUGGGAGGCCCAAGAUGGCCUGUGGGGCCCUGUAACCAAUGACCAGACAGUUGGUGCCACGCUGCAAUCUGGAAACGAGUGGCUGAACUAAAAUCAAUCAGUUUCACCUUGAAGGGCAUCAGCUGAUGAUUUACAAGCAUUAAAUUGUCUGGCUUGAUGUCUGAAUGUGCCAGACCAAUGCUCUUGAGCACAUUCAGAGCCACUAGCAGCUGCUGUGUGAUUUCUCUGAUCUCAAACAAACACAAUGGCCUGAAUUGCCUCAGCUUCAUGAAGUCGGACAGACUUGAACCAGCAGUUGAAAUUCCAGACAAAUGUGACCUCUAUGUUUAAAAUGCCUGUUUAACCUGAUCAGGUUGGUCUUGUCUUGGUCAAGCUCAUCGAGUUUUUUAAGCAUGGCCAGCUCAUGUCUACCAUACCGGAAUAUGUUGGUCUUAAUGACCACCUUCUCCUCGUCCAGGUGCAGUUUUCGGCACUGGGCCGCUUUCCCAAAACGUCCCUCUCCCAGCUUCUCUAUCAUGUAGCCACAUGAGUGUCAAACAUAGUCAUUUUUUCUUAUCUGAAAAUCUCUAUUUCGCUGGUUCUCUUCCUCUAGGUGUUUAGCUAUUGCUGAUCCCAUAUCUGAGGGUUAAAUAUAUCCACUGAAAUCAAGUGCAAUAUCUAUUCAGCUGUCUUAAUGAACUCAUUCACAAGAAGCUUUUUUUUGACAUUCUGUGUUUAAGUUAUGUGGGGAAGUGAUGUCACAUUUUGAAUCUCAGCGUUCCUUUGUCACAUCUGAUAUAAAAGAGAGCAAUAAAUUCAGGACGUCA